UUAUCCAUCAACCCACAAUGCUUCCUGAAUCCGCCACAAAACUCCUCAAAUCCACCCGGUUCUUGCAUCUCGCCACCAGCUACCAGGAUGUGCCACACGUUUCGCUCAUGAACUACACCUUCUAUCAGGACAAUGGAGAUGAUUACGUGAUCAUCACUACCCCCGCCAACACCACCAAGUACCACAACAUCAAACAUAACCACCGGGUAUCGAUGUUGGUGCACGAUUGGAUCAGUGCCAAACCAGACGAUGGAAACUCCAGUUCCGGCACUUCCACUGGGAGACGUAACUCGCUCUACGACUUGAUCACCAAUCUCAACAAAACCCAACUCAGCAGCGUUUCAGUGAUGGUGGACGGGGAAGCGGAAAUCGUGCCAGAGCUGGACGGCCGCCACAAAUUCUACCAUUCACUUCACAUGAACAACCAGAAUAUUGACACCCAGCAGUUGGAUAAUUACGUGAAAGCAGACACUACCGAAUUAAUAGUGGUGAAGGUGACUGGAUGUAAAAUCACAGACACCGACAAUAAUGUGGUGGAGUAUUAGGGAAGAAUGUUGGACGACUAAUGGCUGAGGCUGAUGAGAGGGGCUGAUAGAGAGGCUAAGGUUAGCAGAGGCUUAGACGGUGAAGACGCGGUGAAAUGAGAUUCAUUUCUGGAUGUUUACUUUCAAUCUGUCAUUAGUUCAACAUCCAGGUAGUGUCUUGAUAUGUCAUUGGUUCACCAUCCAGUUACUUCAUCGAUACUUAAUGCCAAUGCAAGAGAGAGCAUCGCUCAUAUACGAACCUGAUGAGAUCCUUGACUUUCCCAAUAAUGUAGGUUCGAUCCGUAAAAAUCCCGCAGCCCCCCUAACCCUAUCUUAAGGUUACACUAUUUAUAUUUCUGAGUAAUUUAUAUUCAAAUUUACACGUAUCUUA